AUGUCUGAAAUCAACAUGAAUGAACCCCGCUGGGAUCAAAACACGUACUGGGGAAGAGCGAAACACUUCUUUGCCAUAACUAAUCCCCUCAACUUGCUGUGCAGCAACAAGGAUUUAGAGCGGUCGAAAGAGAUUGUUUUAAAAGUCAGGCGAGGAAUGAAAGUGGAUCUGACUGAAAACGAAAUCUGGCGAGCCAAGCAUGUUUACGAUUCAGCAUACCAUCCAGACACGGGCGAAAAGAUGAUUCUCAUUGGACGAAUGUCGGCUCAGGUGCCCAUGAACAUGAUCAUUACAGGUUGCAUGAUGACAUUUUACAAAACGACGCCGCAAGUUGUGUUUUGGCAAUGGAUCAAUCAGUCCUUCAACGCAGUUGUCAACUACACGAACCGAAGUGGAGAUUCUCCGGUUCCUUUAAAGCAGCUGGGGACAUCUUAUGCUUUGGCGACUUCUGGUGCUCUGACUACAGCGCUCGGAUUGAAUCGUUUGUCGAAAAGUGCUCCACCCUUGAUAGGCCGUUUCGUUCCUUUUUGUGCCGUAGCGGCUGCAUUGUGCGUCAACGUUCCCAUGAUGCGCCUGAAAGAACUGCAAGAAGGUAUUCCUGUCGUGGACAAAACCGGGAACAAAGUCGGGACUUCUAAGACUGCUGCCAAAUGGGCAAUUAUGCAAGUAGUUUUGUCUCGAAUUGGAAUAGCGGUGCCUGGAAUGUUAAUCCCUCCUGUGAUUAUGAAUACCUUGGAGCAAAAAGGAAUUUUGAAGAAAUAUCCGAGGAUGAAUGCUCCUCUUCAAGUGGGUCUUUCUGGAUUAAUUUUAACGUUUGUUGUGCCGCUUUGCUGUGCUCUUUUUCCUCAACGAAGCUUUACAUCCGUCGACAGUUUGGAGCCAGAAAUACAAGAGUUUGUUUCAAAAGUUAAGCUGCCAGAUAAGGUUUUAUAUUAUAACAAAGGACUUUAA